CGUCGAGUACGAGGAAGAAAUCGAUCGUCAGCGCAGACUGCUGGAUAUAGAUUUGAAACCUCACAUCACCUUAUACAGAACAGCUCUCCCACAGCAACAUGUGAGUAAGGAGGAGGAGGAGGUUCUGGUCGACCAGCAGCUCUGUAAUCAGGAGAGGAACUCCAGUCCAGACCAAGAGGAGCCAGAGCCUCCACAGAUUGAAGAGGAGCAGGAGGAACACUGCAGCAGUCAGGAGGGAGAGCAGCUCGUACUGAAGGAGACUGACACAUCCAUGUUGACUCUUACUCAUGAGGAGAGAGACCACAGUGAAGCACAACUACUAAAUGAACAUCAGCCCAUUUCUAACAGCUCUCAUGAUGCUGAAGAUCAAGAUCCCACAGGAAGUGAGCACAUCAACAAGGGACUAACUUCUGCUGAAGACAAAUUUGUAGUUUCAAAAAAUACUAACGUCGCGUAUGAGGGAGGGAUCGAUUGGAAGAGCAGACUGCUGGAUAUCGUUUGGAAACCUCACAUCUACCUAAACAGAAUAGAUGUUCCACAGCAACAUGUCUGUAAGGAGGAGGAGGAGGUUCUGGUCGACCAGCAGCUCUGUAAUCAGGAGAGGAACUCCAGUCCAGACCAAGAGGAGCCAGAGCCUCCACAGAUUAAAGAGGAGCAGGAGGAACACUGCAGCAGUCAGGAGGGAGAGCAGCUCGUACUGAAGGAGACUGACACAUCCAUGUUGACUCUUACUCAUGAGGAGAGAGACCACAGUGAAGCACAACUACUAAAUGAACAUCAGCCCAUUUCUAACAGCUCUCAUGAUGCUGAAGAUCAAGAUCCAGAAGGAAGCGAGCUCGGAGACUCAGAAUCAACUAGAAAAUCAGAACCAAAGAAAAAACUUCCCAAAAGAAGAAGUAAGAACACUAAAACAUCAGAAACUGACUGUAAUCUUCACCAGGGGGAAAAGUCUUUUAAAUAUGACACAUGCGGCAAAUCUUUUAAGAUAAAGUCAGGAUUACAAAACCAUCUUAGUGUCCACAGGGCUAAAGAGAUGCAUACUUGCAAUACUUGUGGGAAAAUAUGCAGUUCAAAAUCAGUGCUGAUAAUUCAUAAAAGAACUCACACAGGUGAGAGGCCUUACUCCUGCAGCAUCUGUGAUAAAAGAUUCAUCUGCCAGAGCACAUUGAAUCGUCACAACACAAUUCAUAAAGGUGAGAAGCUGUUUACCUGCACAACAUGCAGCAAAUCAUUCAGAAGAAAAUAUCAUUUAACAAUCCACAUUAGAACACACACAGGUGAGAAGCCCUAUUCAUGCAAAACAUGUGAGAAAAAAUUCACUCAGAAAUCGUCCUUAAGUUCACACAUUCACAUUCACACAGGUGAGGGGCUGUUGUUUACCUGCACAACAUGCAACAAAGCUUUCAGAAAAAAAAGUUAUUUAACAGACCACAUUAGAAUACACACAGGUGAGAAGCCGUUUACCUGCACAACAUGCAGCAAAUCAUUCAGAUUCAAACGUAAUUUAACAAUCCACAUUAGAACACACACAGGUGAGAAGCCGUUUACCUGCACGACAUGCAGCAAAUCAUUCAGAUUCAAACGUAAUUUAACAAUCCACAUUAGAACACACACAGGUGAGAAGCCCUAUUCAUGCAAAACAUGUAAGAAAAAAUUCACUCAGAAAUCGUCCUUAAACUCACACAUUCACAUUCACACAGGUGAGAGGCUGUUAACCUGAAAAGAUUAGAUUUACGAUGCCGGCAAUUUAGAAUCGUCACAUUCGCUCUCAUACAGGUGAAAAGGAGUACACCUGUGGCACCUGUGGGUCAUCAUUCAGCAGGAGAAGUUAUUUGAAUAAUCACAUUGAACAAAUUCAUUCAAGUAAAAAGCCGUUUUUCUGCACAACAUGCAGCAAACCUUUCACAUUCAACAGUACUUUGACAACCCACAUGAAAAUACAGACAGGUGAGAGGCCUUUCUCCUGUAGCAUCUGCAAUAUAAGUUUCAUUCGCAAAUCAGUAUUGAAUUGGCACUACUCGAUUCAUGACGGGGAACAGCUGUUUACCUGCACA